AUGCGUGAAAUUUUAAUGGUACAAGCAGGACAAUGUGGCAAUCAGAUCGGCUCGAGAUUUUGGGAGGUGAUAUUGGGCGAGCAUGGGAUCCAUUCAGACGGCACUUACCACGGCAACAAUGACGUGCAACUGGACAAGAUCAGCGUUUACUUCAACGAGACGACUUUCAAACGCUACAUCCCGCGGACAGUAAUCGUCGAUCUGGAGCCUGGCACUAUCGAUGCCAUUCGAUCUUCGGCGAUCGGCGACAUAUUUCGUCCGGAUAAUUAUGUGUUCGGGCAAAAUGGAGCAAGUAACAACUGGGCCAAAGGACACUACACCGAAGGGGCCGAAAUCGUCGAUCAAGUGUUAGACGUAGUGCGUCGAGAAGCCGAGAACUGCGACUGCUUGCAAGGAUUUCAGUUAACUCACUCUCUCGGGGGUGGAACCGGCUCUGGCAUGGGGACUUUGCUGUUGUCAAAAAUACGCGACGAGUAUCCGGACAGAAUCAUCAAUGCAUAUUCUAUUGUCCCAUCACCCAAGGUUCAAGAUACUGUUGUCGGACCCUAUAAUGUUUUGCUGUCGUUUCAACAGCUUGUGAAUUUGACUGAUUCGACUUUUUGCAUUGACAAUCAAGCACUGUAUGAAAUAUGCUUGAGAACACUGGAACUUGCAAGUCCAACCUAUACUGAUCUCAAUCAUUUAGUUUCAUUAACCAUGUCAGGAGUCACAACCUGCCUUAGAUUCCCAGGCCAACUCAAUGCAGAUUUAAGAAAACUUGCAGUAAAUAUGGUUCCUUUUCCGAGACUGCACUUUUUCCUCACGGGAUUCGCCCCACUGAUACCUCGGUCAAGUCAAUUUUAUAAUGGUUUAAAUGUCAGUGAAUUAACGCAGCAAAUGUUCAAUGCACGGAAUGUCAUGGCAGCCUGCGAUCCAAGAAACGGAAGGUACUUGACAGUUGCGGCGAUUUUCCGUGGUCAAAUGUCUAUGAAGGAAGUAGAGGAUGAGAUGCUCAAUAUACAAAACAAAAAUAGUCCUUACUUCGUCGACUGGAUCCCAAACAAUGUCAAAACAGCAGUAUGCGACAUACCCCCGAAGGGCCUGAGUAUUUCCGGUACAUUCCUCGGCAACAGCACUGUAAUCCACGAAGUAUUCAAACGCGUUUCCGAGCAGUUCAGCCUAAUGUUCAAGCGCAAGGCUUUCUUGCAUUGGUUUACAGGCGAGGGAAUGGAAGAAAACGAGUUUACCGAUGCUCACGCGGAUCUGCUUGAUCUCAUCGCCGAAUAUCAGCAAUACGAAAUUAUCAACGUCGAACAAGCCGAUAACAUCGAAAUUAUCGAGGAAGAAAUAGCGGACUGAUAAGCACAAGCCUCUAUGAGCGCGCUACUCGAUAAGAAGCCAGCAUUAUCCACAUUUUCCUCAAAACCAUUAGAACGAGGUGAAAAUCGACAAAAUUUUACAACCCUCUUAGAACUAUCAAAGUUUUGAAAUAGUAGUAUCGUCAUUUGUGACCGCUGUUUUUUAGUGUUAUUUUUACGUUCAAUCUGUGUCCCGUUUAUUUAAAAAUUUGUUUCGUCAUAGCAAAAUUCCAACGUUACUGUCACUGUAAAGUCUGUCAUAUGCAAUGUUACUCAAAAAU